AAUUUUCGAAGUUUUCUAAAUCUUGCGGUCAAAUAAUAAAACCUUAUCCAAAUAAGCGCGCCGUUUAAGAAUUACAUAAACCCGGUCGCGUCACACACUAUUUUAUGUAACCAGUUACAGAGAUAGUGGGGAACGAACAGACAGGCCAGUCCGCGAUCACCAGCCAACGGAGCCGCACGCUCGCCCGCUUAAAAAAAAUGAAAACAAGAUUAUAAAAACAAUACAUGUACACAAAAACAUGUAUUAGCAAGAAAAACUACGAGGAUUUUUCGAAAAAAGUGUAGUCGUAAUGAAAGUGAAACUCUAAGUGCAGUGACCGUUUCAAUAUGUUGAGCGAAAAAUGGAAAGUCAUUCUCAUACUGGCUACGUCUGUGGUCGCGGGCGAGUCGAGCCGCGCGCUGAGCCUAGUCCGGGACCCUUACCGACCUAUCUUCAUCCCUAAAUACAAACCUAAACGCUCUAGAGUCCUCUUCUUAGACGAUCAUGAAAAUUACCAGUCAGUCGGGCGAGGCGAAAUAGAUCUAACUUUAGAAAAAGUAAAUUCGAAAAUCAAAUUUGACGACGCCAGCGAUUACGAUUUCACUUCACCUGGAGACAAGACGGAACUGUCAGGAAAUGAGAGGUUCUACGAGCCGAGAAUCCAUCCCUUCCAAUACCCUUUAUAUCAAGGAAGAUUUGGGAGAUACGCUCCUAACUUCAACUUUGAGCCUACCGUUCCUUACGCGCCUUUUCCGCCGGUAGUCCGUAACAGUUUUUACAAUGGUUGGAAGGCGCGCAGUCCAAGAGUAGUCUUCCCUUAUAGUGAUGUGAACGCUAUCCAAACAAAUUCGCAUGCUGGCCCAACGUUUAAUGACAACGUUGUGUUCCGCGACAGUUUGAACGACGUGGGGGAGAACGAGUUAGCUCCGCAGGAUGACAAUAGUGGAGGUGAUGCGUUCGCGGAGAGAGAUGCCAACGACCACCGAGCUCUCGACAUCCAAAGAAUGGAUUUCAAAAAACGAACGCUCUCAAAGCCCAUGUUCGUUCAAACAGAAAUAAAAAGGCCAUACGUAAAACGAAACUACAUUUCGAACGCAACUGACGUCCUGCCCAAAUUUAAGCCAAUCACAGACGAGCAGAUGUCUCGAAUGCGUGAUAUUUUAAAAGACAUUAGUACAAAAACAGUGCCAGUAUUCAGUACAAUUAGAAAAGGUAGAAUGUCGACGGAAGCGUCGAAAGUCGAACCUCAGAAAGAGGACAGACAGGAUGAAAAAAACUGCUCGCAAGGCGGGACCUGCGAGUUUUUUUUCUACUGCUGGAUGGUGGGUGGUUUGCUCGAGGGAUCCUGUGGAGGAUUGCUUAAAGGAUGCUGCCACAGAGUUGCGAAGGCUGGGAUCCUGGGGGUCCAGGAUUCGAACAGCAUUGAGUUUUCGGGGGAGAGUUAUGGGCCUGUAAUUAAUGAUGAAAGCUGCGGCAUAGCUGUUGGAAAGCAGACCGCGCAGCGGCGCAUCGUCGGCGGCGACGAUGCGGGUUUCGGAACGUUCCCUUGGCAAGCUUACAUCAGGAUUGGCUCCUCCAGAUGCGGUGGCUCUCUCAUCUCCCGCCGCCACGUGGUCACAGCCGGGCACUGCGUGGCGCGCGCCCAGCCGCGUCACGUCCGCGUCACGCUCGGCGACUACGUCAUAAACUCGGCCGCUGAACCGCUGCCGGCGUACACGUUCGGUGUGCGCGGGAUCAAAGUGCACCCGCUGUUCAAGUUCACGCCUCAAGCGGAUAGAUUUGACGUGGCGGUGUUGACGUUGGAUAGGAAUGUCCAUUACAUGCCACAUAUAGCACCAAUCUGCCUGCCAGAGCGCGGCAGUGACUUCCUAGGCCAGUAUGGCUGGGCGGCCGGCUGGGGCGCCCUAAGCCCCGGGUCACGGCUUCGACCACGGACGUUACAAGCUGUAGAUGUGCCCGUGCUUGAUAAUAGAGUGUGCGAGCGGUGGCACCGAGCUAAUGGCAUCAACGUCGUAAUUUACCCAGAGAUGCUCUGUGCCGGCUACCGCGGCGGCGGAAAAGACAGCUGUCAAGGUGAUAGCGGGGGCCCUUUGAUGCUAGAGCGAGCCGGCAGAUGGUACCUCAUUGGUGUUGUCUCGGCUGGCUACUCGUGCGCAAGCCGCGGACAGCCGGGGAUCUAUCAUAGGGUCGCGCAUACGGUGGAUUGGAUCAGUCACGCGACAACCCUGUCUUAG